CUGUAUUGUGUAGGAUAACCAUGUGUCGAAAAGCUUAACCGGUUGAACUGGAUUCGUCAAACAAGGGCGUCGUCAACAUUCCAGAUUACCAAUGGCGGACGAUUCGGACGAAGAGAGAGCUAACGCACGGGUCCACCAAAAUCAGCCUUACGACGAGUCUCUGGAAGUUCCUGACGGUGAAGAAGUAGCAAGCACAUAUUCUCCCACCCCACGUGUUACCCAGACAGGGGCUCGUCUUGGAGUUCCAGCAAGGGGCCGCCCUCAAGGUCCAGGGAGAAGUAGAGGUUCUACGCCGCCAGAAGCAAGAAUGUCGGAAAACUCGGAUGAUGAAUAUGAUGACAAGAUUAACCCCCCUGACCAGCAGUAUGCCAAACAAAUGCGCCUACAGCACCAACAGGAGGCCGACAUGUAUGGCAAUGAUGUUAUUGAUGAUGACGAUGAUGACAAUGAUGAAGAUGAUGAUGAAGAUUCCCUAGAUGAUCAGAGGAUGCCUCCCCAACAACAGCUGCAGCAGCAGCAACAGCAGCAGCAGGUUCGCCCUCCAGCCUCUGGGGAGGUCAAGGGCUCCAUGCGCAAACCAGAGCCGGCCCCGAGGAUUGGCCAACAGGGUCAACAGGGUCAGUUCAAUAGUGAGGAAGAGGAUGAGGAUGAUGAAGAUGAUGAGUCUGGGUCUGAUGACUCCGAGGAUGAUGAUGACGAUGAUGAGGAUGAUGAGCAUGUCACACUGGAAGGGGCGUAUGACCCAGCAGACUAUGAGAAUCUCCCAGUGACCCCUGAAAUCAAGGAACUCUUUCAGUACAUCACAAGGUAUACCCCUCAGUCUAUAGAGCUGGAACACAAGCUGAAGCCAUUCAUUCCAGACUUUAUACCUUCGGUGGGAGACAUUGACGCCUUCAUAAAGAUAAGUAGGCCGGACCAGAAGCCAGACACUCUGGGUCUCACAGUUAUGGACGAGCCCUGCGCCAAGCAGUCGGACCCUGUGGUGCUAGACCUACAGCUGCGCGCGAUCUCCAAGCAGACCACAGACAAGAAACUGGUUGUCAAAAGCCUCUCUCAGGCGGACAAGAACCCCAAACAGAUCGAGAGUUGGAUAGAGAGCAUACGUGAGCUGCACCGAGUGAAGCCUCCACCCAAUGUACACUAUCUCAAAAACAUGCCUGACAUUGACACACUGAUGCAGGAGUGGCCACCUGAAUUUGAGGAACUUCUGAAAGAGGUUGGCUUGCCAACAGCGGAACUAGACUGUGAUCUUGGUGAAUAUGUGGAACUCAUUUGCACCAUCCUGGACAUUCCUAUCUACAAGAACACCAACCAGCACAAUGAGAAAGUGCAAGCCCUCCAUGUGCUCUUCACCCUCUUUUCAGAGUUCAAAAAUUCUCAGCAUUUCAAGUCCCUGGCAGAGGAUAACAAGAUGGACAACGGUUUGAAGGGAGACUUUGAGGACCAAGGGCCAGACAGAUUUGUGCUGUGAGAGGGAUUGAAAGACAAUGUGUACUGGAUAAUGUUCAUCAUAAUACCGUCCAAAUGUGUAUCGAUAGAAAUCGUUAAAGUUUGUAGUGUUACCUUGCGGUUAUACUCAUUCUUAUACAUACUUCUGCAGUCUUGUGGAAAGAAAACUGCUGUAGGACAUGUCCGAAGUUGUGUUUUUUUCAUCAGGACAGGAUUUUUGCCAUUAAAUAUCUAUCCAAAUUACUAGAAAUUGUUUAAGUUUUUUUAAAUACUAUUGUUUUCUGUGCUGGCAUGUUUUUCUGCCUGUUUGAUGGGGAAUUUAAAAACAAUGUGCAACAAUGACAUGGCUAAGCUGAUUCAAUUGGGCUUGUUCUUGAAAUGCAUCGGAGUGUAUUUGAAUGAAUAUUCCAAUCUGUCCAUGGUCUGCCACAAGUAUUUUUUGUUGAGUACAUCACAUAAUUCUUAUAUGUUUUAAUUAUUUAUUAAAUGGUUUCUGUUCUUGUGAUCUUUAUAAGAAUGGAUAUACCAUUACAAGGUUCUAUUCUGUUUAUCAGAUGAGUAUUUAAUAAAAUAAAAUAACUCUCAAGACAA